AUGACAUCCACCAGCAUCAACAUCGUCUUUGGGGCUAUGACCGUCGGCCAAGCAGAUGUCUUCCAACGACAUGGUCACAGCGACAUCGACACAUCCCGCGCCUACGGCAACGGCACCUCUGAAUCUCUUCUCGGGGAAAGUGGUUGGCAGGAGAGGAACUUACGGAUACACACGAAGAUAUACCCAACAGCAAAUUGGUUUGCAGGUCCUGAUGCUUACACGCUUGGAGCAGACGAUCUGCGACGAGCACUCAACCGAAGCCUUGAAGCGCUGAACACGGACAGCGUGGACCUCUGGUACCUUCACGCGCCGGACCGCAACACACCACUCGAAGUCACAAUGCAAGAAGUUGACAAAUUACAUCGGGAAGGCAAAUUUAAGCGCCUUGGGAUCAGUAAUUUCAUGUCCUGGGAAGUCGCCAAAAUGUGUGAAAUUUGCGACCGUCAUGGUUGGAUUCGUCCGUCAGUCUAUCAGGGCAUCUACAACCCACUUCACCGAGCGAUUGAGGCAGAGUUACUUCCCUGUCUUCGCCAUUACAAUAUUGCCUUAUAUGCCUUUCAACCCUUGGCCGGUGGAUUACUUACCGGUCGUUACAAACUGGAGACGACCUCCUUCGACGCCGGUGCACGCUACGAUCCCAACAACAAGCAAAGCUCCACGAUGAAUGACCGCUACUGGAACAAGACUACAUUCGCAGCGCUGGAGAUUAUCCAAGCAGCUGCUCAGAAGCACGAUCUCACCAUUGCUGAAUGCGCUUACCGUUGGCUGGUACAUCACUCUGUCUUGAGUAAGCAGCGCGGCGAUGCCUUAAUUGUCGGAGCGAGCAGUGUCAAGCAAUUAGAAGGCAACUUGGCUGAUUCAGAAAAAGGGCCUCUUCCUGAGGAUGUAGCGCAAGCGAUGGAGCAGGCUUGGCAGCUCAUCCAAGAGCCGAUCCGAAAAUACUGGCAUUAG